UCGCCCAGCUUCUCGCCCUCACCUCUCCCCCAGGCCGGUUCACGAGGCUUUGACCCGCAGCAGGAUGACUUCUGAAAUCUGCCUAGACGCCGUGGAGCUGGAGCAGCCGGAGCAUACCGAGGACGCCGCCGUCGUUGUGAAGAGAGACGGUGUGUUUCGUGCCAUGCUGCGCGGCCUCUUCUGGCCCUUCGGCCUCGUGGUGCGCACGUACCACGGGUUUUGCUGGGUGCUUGGCUUCCGGCAGCCCCAGGAGCGGGUCAUCGUGAGCCCCGCCGCGGUCUGCAGUCCCGCACGCCACAGCCUCUGCGGCCGCAAGCGCCUGCACAAGGUCACCCGCGUGCUGCUGUCCGUCCUGCCCCGCUGGGUGCAGAGCACCCUGGGCUACCCGGUGUCCAGCAGCAUCGGGCGCUCCCUCUCUCCAGAAAUCAGAGUCUCUCCUACUAAACCUUGUGGAAAGGGCAGCAAGAGAAAGCAGGAUGAGUUGGACGAGGAUGAGGAGGAGGAUGAAGAGAGUCAGACCUGGGUGGAGGCACUCAAUCAGCAGUAUUCUGAGGACGAAGGCCCCGAGGAAGAUCCCGACUUUGAGCCCAGUACGAUAGAGACCGAGAGUGAAGAGUACUGCUCGCACAACAACACCGAAAGCGACAUGGAGAUCGACGGGAAAAGCAUAGUCAUUGAAGACUUGGACACGGGAAUUGAGUCGUCGCCAUCUGAAGGCUCUUGCCCUGCUGUUUAAUGUGUCAUAGACAAGAUGUUGCCAUAUUUCAGUGUUUUUGUAUGUGUAUGUAUUCAAUAAAAUGUGUGCUUUGCUUUGGCCUCGCACUAGAUGGCAGUAAAUAUUUGUCUAUUCUACAAGUGAGGCACGAAUGUUAAUAUAAUCCGUAUUUUUGUAUACGUUUGUUGAAAUGCAGCUGGUGCUAGUGACUCGUCACAAUUUUAAAACCCUAGUGUUCUAAUUGCUUAACUGGCUUUUAGGUUGCUCCUAAAAUGCGUUCUGCAGUUUGCAACUAACCUGUGAUUAAAAUUAAAUAAUGCACUGAAAUUGAA